AAGCCAAUUCAAUGUUGGAUACCUCAGGAGUUUACACGUGGCUGGGAAGAAUACGCUGAAAACUAUUGCUGGGUCGCAAGCACAUACUUUUCACCCCUUGACAAGCGACUACCUACUACCGCCGAUCGGAGUGCCAAUCUCAUUGUUUACUACCAGUGGGCUCCCAUCUUAAUGGCCAUUCAAGCCCUCCUCUUCUACUUACCCUGCCUUAUUUGGCGCCUCUUCUAUUGUCAUUCUGGUUUUAAUGUUCGAAGAAUCAUGCAGAUGGCUAACGACUCCAACAUUCUACUGCCGGAGCAUGGGCUGAAAAAUGUUCGUUUUAUUGCUCGCUACAUGGAGAGCUGCAUUUACCGACAACGUGACUACAAGAACCGUGACGGCUGCCGAAAUGAUAAAAGCGCACGAUCUGGACUGGUGUCCACCAACUUCCCCUACCACUCCUCCUACCGGAUGGGCCUACAGCAGUUUCCUGUCUCUGCUGCCGGCACAGAGACACAACUGCUUGGGACGAGCGAACGUCCGGAUCAUGGUCUACCUCCACCUCAAUACUACAAGUCGACAACCGAGGGCGGCACGCCAGAACCUCGUGCCCCGCCAUCGAGGUCAUCGCACCGCAGACGCGUUAUGCGAAGUAAUGGGGAGGCUACAGGCUGUCUCAGUCUCUCAAGGCGUCACAAGCAGCGACAUUCCCUCUGCGAGAGACUGAAAUUUGGUUUUCGCAGCGGCUCUCGUUCCACUCUGCUAGGAAAGCAGGCAAGAAAGUCGCAGCUGAACCCUAUCACGGGCAGCCCGGGUCUGGCCGGCGUGCUCUCGGUGUCUUGUGAUCUUGGAGAUCCCGCCAGUGGUAUUGGCAAGAGCUCAGACAGCAAGGGUUGCUUCAAGAAAUCCCACUCAAAAGCAUGGUGCUGCGGCAAACGCAGUGGAAACUUCCUGGUUGUCCUCUACUUCUUUGUCAAGGUACUUUAUCUGAUCAACAUUAUUGGGCAGCUUGUGCUCAUGGAAAAGUUCAUUGCAACAAAUCAUGCCUUUUACGGCAUUCGAGUGUUGUUGGAUCUCAUUCAAGGCACACAGUGGUACACAUCAGGAAAUUUCCCACGAGUGACCUUCUGUGACUUUGAGGCCAAAAAACUUGGAAAAAACCAGAGGUAA